CAGGCGCGCCGGGGUCCUGAGCGGCGGCGGGCGGGCGGAUCGGUGUCUCCUUCACUUCGCCCUCCAGUGCCCGCGAUUGCAGCAGCGCGGCCUCAGCACGGCUCCUUCCGCCCGCGACCGGUCUCUGCCCCGCUCCGCCGUCUGCCCGCGACUAGCAGCUCCAAUGGCGAUUCCUCCAUCAUAUGUAGACCUUGGCAAACCUGCCAGAGACAUCUUCAAUAAAGGAUAUGGUUUUGGGUUGGUGAAACUGGAUGUGAAAACAAAAUCUGCAAGCGGAGUGGAAUUCACAACAUCUGGUUCAUCGAACACAGACACUGGAAAAGUGAAUGGGAGCUUGGAGACCAAAUACAAGUGGAGUGAAUAUGGUCUGACUUUCACAGAAAAAUGGAACACAGAUAACACUCUGGGAACAGAAAUUGCAAUUGAAGAUCAGAUUGCCAAAGGCUUGAAGUUGACAUUUGAUACAACAUUCUCACCAAAUACAGGAAAGAAAAGUGGUAAAAUUAAGUCAACUUAUAAACGUGAAUGCGUAAACCUGGGUUGUGAUGUUGACUUUGACUUUGCUGGGCCUGCAAUCCAUGGUUCAGCUGUCUUUGGUUAUGAAGGCUGGCUUGCUGGUUAUCAGAUGACUUUUGAUAGUGCCAAAUCAAAAUUGACAAGAAAUAAUUUCUCUGUGGGUUACAAGACUGGAGACUUCCAGCUGCACACUAAUGUCAAUGAUGGUUCUGAAUUUGGUGGGUCAAUUUACCAAAAAGUGAGUGACAAUCUUGAAACUGCUGUAAACCUGGCUUGGACAGCAGGUAGCAACAGCACUCGCUUUGGCAUUGCAACUAAAUACAAGUUGGAUUCCACUGCUUCUGUUUCAGCAAAAGUGAACAAUUCUAGUCUAAUUGGAGUGGGUUACACCCAGACCCUGAGGCCAGGUGUGAAGCUUACACUGUCUGCCCUGAUAGAUGGAAAGAGCAUCAAUGCUGGUGGCCAUAAACUUGGUCUUGGCCUGGAAUUGGAGGCUUAAAAAGGUGAAGAAACUGCUGCAGAAAAGGGAUAUCAGAAGAAUUUGGCCUUAAAAUGUAUUUCCAAUGUGACCAGCAGGCUUUUUUUCCAGGAAGGAUGACCUAGAACAAGAGCUGUAUUUGAAGUAUUUAGACAGUUACUUGUUAGCUGGUUUCUAGUUAAAUUGGUUACCCAUCUAGUUAAAAUUCUGCAUUAGUGCAGUCACUUAAACAUUAUUUAAAUGUAUUUAACUGUUUAAUGCGCUACCCACAAAUAAUGAAAUAGACAUUUAUGAAAACUGUACAAUUGUGUGCAUGUUUGUUUUUAUGUUCCUUUUAACAUUCGAUAUUGCCAUUGAAUGAAAAAUGGAUCACUGGAUGUUUUGAAAUGAGGUCAACAAUUUUGUUGAAUGACCUGAUCUAGAAAUACAUUUGGUAUCCCAAGACAAAUUAUGAAUAAAACAAGUACACACACAUACUUGUGCCUGACUAUAGGUGAACAGUUGGAUUCCUCAAGCAAAUUGAAUGUGCUUUUCUGCCAGGUAAGGUUUGUCAAAACACAAUGGUUUAAUUCCCCCUGUGAUCCAUGGGCAAGAUGUACUGUGUUCCUAGUUGGCCUCCUGAUGCAAAAAGUGCAGAUCGAUGUACUUGGCACACUGAGACAUUUAAGAACUGUUCCUUGAAAAACCUCACCACAAACACACCUUUUGCUUAUAUUUGUAUGAAGUGAGAUGUAUCUCUGCAAUUGAAUGUAACAGUGUAAUGGUAUAACAGCCUGCUUAUCCCAACUGCUGUGAGAGGUUUCUGCUUAAAAUGACUGAAAUAAAGACAAUUUUAAAUGGA